AUUUGAUGGAAAAGACGAGAGAUUGAAUACUUAUACGAGGGAAAAAGACAUUGUAAUAAGGAGGCAAAUAUGUGACAAACCCAAGAGAGAAAGAAAGAGAGUCAGCGUUUUGGAACUUGAAACAGUGGCAGCUAGUAGUUUGGUUGCGGAAUUUCUCACAUUUCUCUUCACUAUAUAAAGUGUUUUGCACUCAUAUUGCCUUGGUGCAUGCAAUCCUUGUGCCAGUUGUGGGAUCCAUAGCCCAAACUUAAAGGGAUUGUUUUCUCUCGUGUGUAUAUCUCCAUCGACUUGGCUCUAUGUAGCAUUAUCAACAAGAAUUCGAACUCGAACUAGAGCUCACAAAGAGGAAGAAGAAGAGGGUGCAUCGGGUAGCGAACUUAAGUUUUGACAGAUGGGGAUAUUGAAUUGGAUGAAAGGGAAGAAGCCUAAUGGCAAAAAGGGAAAAAUAACAACUUCAAAUUCAAUCAAGGAUGAACCAGUUCAUAAAACUCACUCAGAAGAAUUCACCAGCUGGCCUCGUGUGUUGCUGGCGAUCGGAACCUUUGGAGAUGAUAAUCUGAACCAAGCACACACAAAAAGGUUUCAAGAGAAUCCAUCAUCUCCCCUGCAACAACAUCUUCAAGAUCUUACACCAGAAGAAAUAAGAAAACUUCACAAAGAGAUCAAUCUGUUAUUGGAUGAACACCUUAAGCAAAUGGACCCAUCCUUGGCAUUUGAAGUCAGCAAGCAUUGUUCAUCAAACAUAUUUCCUACCAGACAAUUAAGCUUCGAAUCAGACAUAACAAAAAAUGAACCAUAUUCGGACGAGUUAAUUGAUGAGAGCGAAAGUUUCAAGCAUGUCAUACUCAGUAAAGGCAAAGAUAUGGGCAUGGAAGCUAAUGACACUACACUUAUUGGCAAAAGAACUUUAUCUCUCCUUCUCAAGAAAAUUUUCGUCUGUGGAGGCGGUAUCGCACCAGCUGCAGUUGCUCCUCCUCUGAGAACCCGAACUUUGGAGUUGAAAAUAGAGAAGAUGUUGAGAACAAUACUCCAUAAGAAGAUAUACCCCCAAAGCUUCAAUGUCCAAACAUCAUCCAUGAAGAAGUACCUGAGGAAGAAAAACAAGCGAAAAGACAAAAGUGAAGACGAAAAAGAUGACAAGACUGGCGAUGGAAUUAAAUGGGUCCAGACUGAUUCCGAAUAUAUCGUUUUAGAAAUCUGAGAAGCUACCUGCCAUGUGAAGAAAAGAUCACAAGACAUCAUUUUCUUGCUUGCUUGCUUGUUUGAACAUUUACCUGUUGUAUUUACCUAACAGUUUGGAAGAAUUGAAACUGAGCUUGAAUUUA